AUGGGUCAUGAUUAUACAGAGAACCUUAAGUCAGUAAACGAGAGCGUGACUAGCCUGGCUAAAACAGUUGAUGACUUCAUCAAGGCCAUGGCAACACAAAAGCUUGAGGAACAAGAGAGUAACAAAACCAAGGCAGUUGAUAAGCGCCAUCAACGGGAGGAAGAAAGAGUUGCUCGUAAGCAGGAACUCAAAGAGAACAACAUAGUUCUAACAACCGCUCUUACCACAACAAUAACAUCUGCUCUCACCACACAGCUAACUCAAACUACCACCACUAUCAAUACCCAACUUGCUGCUUCACUUCGUUCAGUUUUUUCUGAUUAUAUGCCUCAGCUGAAUCAAAAUAAUGGCCAUGAUGCUCCUCCACCUCCACCCCCAACUGGUGGUCAACCAAUCCCUGCCAGAUCCAAUACAAUCAAUCUAAAGUUCCCUACUUUUGAUGGAGAUGAUCUUGAUGGAUGGAUCUUUACUGCUGAUAAGUAUUUUAGUGUCCACCAAGCUGAUGAUGCUCUCAAAAUCACUAUUGAUGCUUCUAGUCUGAAGGGCGAUGCUAAUGUGUGGUAUCGUUGGAAGCAAACUAAAGUCACCAUUGUGACAUGGUUGGAGUUUUUUGCUCAUCUUCGUGCACGUUUUGCACCUGAAAAGUUUGUCGAUGCUCGUCUGGCUAUAAGUACAAUUAAUCAAGUAGAUGAUUACUUGACAAGUUGUUUUAUUCGUUCUCUCAAACCUCAUAUUGGUAGCGUGGUUAAAUUGCUUGCACCACAAACUUUGAAUGAAUCCUUUACUAAGGCAAUCCAUCAAGAGGAAGCUUAUGCAACAGUUAAUAAGUUUAAUACACGCCAACCUUAUCGUACGCCUCCACUUCGAAGUGACGCAUCAACCUCUACCACUCCAAUCAAGAAGCUGACACUUCCUCCAGGUUAUAAGAAGCUUACAUGGGAAGAGAUGAAAGAAAACGCGAGAAAGAUGCAUCCUACUUCUGUUGAAGAUGUUUUUGAAGUUGAGGAUAUCACAGAUGACCAACAAAUUCAUGAGGAUCCUCCUACUCAGGAAUCAUCCCCAGCUAUUUCUUUGAACUCACUUUUAGGCUCUACAUUUCCUAAUACAAUGCGAAUUACUGGAUAUGCAAAAGCUAGACCCCUCACAAUUCUUUUGGAUUCAGUAUCUACGCAUAACUUUUUGCAUCCUAGCAUAGCUAAGAAAUGUGGCUUUGUGGUUUCUUCUACUACUGACGCUUUACGUGUAACAGUGGGUAAUGGUGGUCAUCUUGAAACUAAGGGUAUUUGCACUAUCCCUAUCAACUUGCAAGGUACAUUUUUUCAUAUUGAUUUCCAUCUAUUAGAUAUUAGUGGUUGUGAUGCGGUUUUGGGAAUCCAAUGGCUGCGAACAUUGGGAGAUAUUACUUGGGAUUUCGGAAAAUUGACAAUGCAAUUCAGCAUUCAAGACACUAUCAUAACAUUAACUGGCAAUCAAUCAUCAUCUAUAAUGAUUAUGGACGUAUCUCCCAUGCAACGUUUAUUAUCUACUGAGAAUUAUGGAUUUCUGUUAGAACUAGUUACACUAAAUACUUUUACCGCCAAACAAUCAUUGUCGCCUGGAAUUCAACAACUGCUAUCAAAUUUCAGUGAUAUUUUUUCUACUCCAACAUCACUGCCUCCAGAACGUGUUCAAGAUCAUAAAAUUUCUUUACUACCAGAAACUGGACCUGUGAAUGUACGUCCAUGCAGGUAUCCACACUUUCAGAAAGAUGAAAUUGAAAAAUCGUAG